AUGCAUGGGCUCCUCCUCCUGGUGACACGUAUUUUCCGACUGAUUAGAGUGACGUUGAUGAUGACGAUACAACCAUGGGGUACCUCAAGUAUAUUAGACAGGUGUUGUACGCAAGCAAAGUACAACAGACCGAUCACUAUACCGCCUGUGCCUCUGAGCACCCCUAAUUUCCUUUCUCGGUUUCUAUGA